GUGUAAGCGGCAGCUAGGGAGGCAGAUCCCGGUGCCCGGUGCCCGGCGCCCGGGGCGCACGGAGGGCGCACGGAAGAGCGCACGGCAGGCGCUUCGCCCGCGGACUACCCUGCCCUGCCCAGCCCAGCCCCGCGGGGAAGCUCCCGCGCGCAGCCCGCCCCCCGCGCACUUUGCGCGCCCCUUCUCUCCACCCCCGGCCGCGGAUACGCAAAUCCCCUCCCACGCAACUCCUCCUCUUCAUGGCACAAACUUUCCUCCCGGGACAGAACGGGGCAGCGACCGGAGCUUACUCCUGCACUUCGUCUGCCGGCCGGCUCUGAGAGCAGCUGCUGAAAUGGGUUGUGGACUGAAUAAGCUGGAGAAGCGUGAUGAAAAACGGCCUGGUAAUAUUUAUUCAACUCUGAAGAGGCCCCAGGUAGAAACCAAGAUCGAUGUUGCUUACGAGUACCGCUUCCUGGAGUUUACCACGCUGACUGAUGCGGAGCUCCCGCGCUCCUCUGCCGUCAGGCUCUCCUCCCUGCGGGACCUCCCCACGCAGCUCCAGGAGCUCUACCAGCAGGGCUUCACCCUGGCCGCCCUGCACCCCUUCGUGCAGCCCACCGACGAGCGGGAGAAGACGCCGCAGGAGCAGAUCUUCCGGGCCGUGCUCAUCAAGAAGACCGAGAGAUCUCAGAAGAAUGAUUUUCAUAAUGAAGGAUACAUCCUGGAAUUAGAUUGCUGUUCCUCCUUGGACCACCUGACCGACCAAAAAAUCAUCCCGAAUUUCAUUAAGAAAAUUCAAGAUGCAGCAAGUCGGGGCCUGGAAUUUGUCGGCGUGGUCCCCCAGUACCGUUGCCCUGGGAACUCUGCAGGGAGCAGCCCGCUGACCCCCACUGCCAACGGGGAUGGGAAGAGCACGUCGGACCAUUCCGAAGAUCUCUCGUCCUCGGAUAGGGAGACGCCGGGCUCGGCGGGGUCUCAGGGUGACGCAGAGCUCCAGGAACAGGGGAACAGCAACGGGCCGGCUGCCGAGCAGCUCACUCCAUCCUCCCCGGGGGAAGAUGGAGCCGAUUCACCAGGGAAGGUCGACGGAUCGACAAUCACAGCCGAUGGACGGGAAGGUCCAGACCCGCUGGCUGGAAAAAUGGAGAUUUUCACCAUUUUCAACAAGCCAAAGAGCCAGCAGCAAAAGUGCCGACAGUACUACACCGUCACCAUCCCGCUCCGGGUCUCCAAAAAUGGACGGACGGUCAACAGCCUGGACGCCAACUGGCUGGAGCACAUGAGCGACCACUUCCGAAAGGGGGGCGUGCUGGUGAACGCCAUCUUUUAUCUUGGAAUGGUAAAUGAUUCCUUACAUGGCUUGACAGAUGGAGUAUUCAUCUUUGAAGAUGUUUCCACAGUAGAGAACAAAACCAUGCAGGGCUACGAUGCCAUUGUUGUUGAACAAUGGACCGUCCUGGAAGGGGUCGAAGUGCAGACGGAUUACAUCCCCCUGCUGAACUCCCUGGCCGCCUACGGCUGGCAGCUCACCUGCGUGCUCCCCACGCCCAUCAUAAAGACAAACAGGGAGGGGAACGUGGCCACCAAGCAGAUUGUCUUCCUUCAGAGACCCUCGCUACCUCAGAAAGCCAAGAAGAAAGAAUCCAAGUUUCAAUGGCGCUUCUCCCGGGAGGACGUGCACAGCCGGCAGAUGAGAAAAUCCAAGUCUAAGCUAAGUGCCCAAGAAAAACAGAAAAUGGAAGAAAAUGAGAAAAACCAGGAGGACCAGGGUCUCCGAGCUGGCAACGCGGGCAACCGCCUUCCUGCCUUCGAUCAGCCGGACGGGGUCCCAAGUGGGGAGGGGGACGGGGCUCCCGGCAAGCUGGACGGGGCUCCUCGGGGGGCCGGAGGUGAAGAAGAGGGGCCCCCUGUCUCUGAGGCAGAUGGGACUGCAGCCCACGGGGUCCCUUGUGAGGCAGUGGUCCCCUGCAGCGGGGAGGAGGCGUCGGAGGGGAUCUGACCCGAACCCCCUUCCUGGGGAGGACUCGGGCCAGGCCCCUCGGCCUCGGUCCCCCCGCUACGUUCUCUUCUUCCAAUGCAACAACGCACUCACUCACUCUCCUGCGACUUGUUUCUGCGCAUUAGAAAUGUCCCCAAAUGUAAGGGCGCUCUCACGUCCCAGGACCAGCCCCUCACCCCAAAGCCCCCCAUUCUCCCUCCCUCUGGGGCUUGACCCAAGCUUCCUCCUCUGUGGGGCUGGGGAACGCUCAGGCGGGCCUUCUGGGCCAGAACCAAGCUUCAAGGGGCCCGUAGCCAACACCGCUGCGGCCCGGCCCUUUCAGUGGGUUGCUGUGCCCAGGGCCUGUGCCCCCCAGGACCCCUCGUGGCUGCUCACCAGGGUGGCAAGUGGCCCGCUCCCUUAGGGAGAUCCUGAGAUAGCCCCAGAGCUCGGCCCCCGGGGAGGGAGGCAGAUGGUGUUUGCUGCCUGUUGCGGGAGAAGCCCAUUCACACACUGUGCCCAGUGCCCACCCUGGCCCACCACCACGCUGGGCAGCCCCACUGGGCGCCCGCGCGUCCUGCAGCCUGGGUCGGCAGAGCCGGCGCCCCACGUGACGCUGCGUCUGGGGAGCCCGUGGAGCCUCAUUGGGACCAGCAGCCGCCAGGAAGAGCGCUCGUGCCCCCGGACCACAGCCGCCCUCUCCUGCUCAGUGACUCACAGCAAUAAAUCCCCACCGAGCUCAGCGCGCCAAGGAGGCCUCCCCCUCCCCACCUCGCUGCAGGGCCCCCUGCGGGGGGAGAGGAGCCCACGUCCCUCGGCCGUUUCCAUCCCUCCCCGGGGGCUUCGCGGGCGUGCCUGGAGCAAAGGCCAGAUUGAGGGGGGUUCCAGGCGAGAGGCGGAGGGGCGGCAGCCGCCGUGCCUGGGGGGAAGGGGGGCAGGCUUUCUCCUGUUUGCAAGUUCAUUCGAGUGUACAUAUUGUAAUAUAUUUUUUACAGAGCAGGCCCGCCCCCGUCAGUGUCGCAUGUGACUGGGGGAGGCUUUUGCAGUCGCAUUGUGAGCGCCGGCGGCUCAGAAGGGGUGGGGGCCUCGGGUGAGAAGGGGAAGGGGUGGGAGAGCUGUUGGGCUUGAGGUGUUCCCCGGGAUGGUUUCCCAGAAGGUGUUCUUGUGUCUACUACCUGUACAGUGUCCUGGCUCAAUAAACGGUUAACUCUUGGUGCA